GGAUUUCGCUGACAACUUGUUCAGUGACGACCAGUGAACAAAAACAACGUUCUCCGCCGCGGACAGUAUUUACGUAAAGCGGUGUCGUUGUUUUCGGUGGACAAAAUGCAUCCGUCCGAGAUCGAAUUCAUGGCCGAGAACGAGAUCAUUCAAAUCGUGCCUACGUUCAACCACGCCAGCCAUGUGCACCUGAUUUGCGGCUCGUACGGCCCGUUCCGCGCGGGACUGCCGCUCAACGUGCCCAUCUGGGUGGCGAUCAACUUGCGCCAGAAGAAGACGUGCCGUAUUCUGGCGCCCGACUGGAUGGCCGUCGACAAGCUGAACGAGAGGAUCGAAGAAGAAAAAGCGUCCAAGUUUUUCACGCCGUUGCCGACCAACUAUUACCUGGAAAUCACCCAAAUGCUAUUAGAUGUGGCCAGCGAAGACAUCCCGCAGGGUAACGAAAUCAAAACGGCGGUCAAAGAUUUGUGGGAUUUAAGAAUAGCUAAAUUAAGAUCUUCUGUGGAUUUAUUCAUUAAAGAAGGACGUGUCCAGGCUUCUUUAAACCAUUUGACACCAAUGGAAAUUAAUUCUGUAAGACCAGUGUUUCCAGAUACCUUAGAUGCUUUAAUGAUACUUCAUGAACAUAUAAGCUCAAACGAUGAUAGAGAUGAUAACAGUCAAACUUCAACGGCAACUCCCAGUUCAGCUUCUUUUUCGUUAUCUAUGUAACUGUUUCGAUCAUCUUUUCCUGUAUUGUAGGGUCAAAAUUAGAUAUAUAUUUUUUUACACCAGAGUUAAAUCAAAUAAUUAUUUUUUUGUAUGGAAAUUUAUUUCCAGUGAUACUAGCCUAUUAAUUCUUUUUUUUUUAA